AUGGCUACAGACCAGAAAUUUCUUGUCGAUCACGCGAAACGGCUAUCUAACUGCAAAAAAUGUCGCGCGCAGAUAGUAAAAGGGGAACUUAGACUGGCUAAAUUAGUACCGAAUUACUUCGCUUCUGAUAGCGCAAAGGCCCCAGAAAUCAAACACUACUUUCACCCGGACUGUCUUUUUGAAACAUUUUCUCACUCACGUGCUAGCACAAAAGUUAUUGAUUCAUCGGAUGAUAUAACUGGCUGGCAUGAACUUGCAGACGAAGAUAAGGAUAGAGUUUUAGAUCUUAUAAAAGGUUUACAAGAUCAACGAUUGAAAGAUCCGUUGAAGAAAAACAAAAAACAGAAUUUUGGAGGUUCGAGUGAGGAAAAACGUCACUCUGGUGACGGGACUGGAUCUAAGACGGCAAGUUCCUUUGUUGCUAAUUUUUCUAGCGAGAAGACAGAAAGUAAAGAAAGUAAGGUGAAUCGAGAGGGUAGUGACGUUUCUAAAUUUAAUUCUUUCAAACUAUUCUGCAAACUUUGUGACGUUAUUGCUAAGGUGUCGAAGUAUACCGACAAAUCAUGUGCCGUCGAUAUGUUUGUUAGAAAAGAAGGAUAUGACGGUGAUGUAUAUUUGCUAGCAAAACUUCUUAUACCGGGAUGCGAUCAGCGAGUUUACAAUUUGAAAGAAAAACAGUUGAUAAAACUUUUUUCUCAUCUUUACUCUUGGAAUGUAGAAGAGGUGACAGAAGAUCUGAAUCAAACCGGUGAUGUAUCUGUGACGAUACGCAAGUUUUUUGAAAAAGGAAAUAACGCGGUUAGGAAAUCGAGCGUCACGAUUCAAGAGGUUGACAAAUGGCUGGAUAAGCUGACGGAAUAUACUACUGAGGACAGUCAAGAAAGUCAUCUUUCUUGGAUUGCGCAUCGAGUUUCGCCAUUGGAACUGCAGUAUAUUUUACGUCUGAUUAAAAAGGAUCUACGCAUAAAUGCUGGUGCAAAACAUAUAUUAGAAGGCAUUUCUCCAGGAAGUUAUGAAAUCUUCCAAAAUUCACGUGAUUUAAAAAUGGUAAUCGAUUCAUGUUUCAAAAAACAAUUUAAUGCAGUGAUUGACACAAAAGUUUUGUUAGGAACUCCAGUUAAACCAAUGCUGGCCGAACCUUGUCGGAGUGUGGAACAGGCUAUGAAGAGGUUUACCGGCGACAUGUAUAGUGAGAUCAAAUAUGACGGUGAAAGGGUGCAACUGCAUAAAGAUGGCGAAAAUUUUACCUUUUUUUCAAGAUCGUUGAGGCCAGUUUCUGAACAUAAGGUUGAAUGCUUUCGAACAACUGUAGCUGAAGCUUUUCCAACCGGAAAUGACAUGAUUCUGGAUUCAGAGGUUUUAAUGGUAGAUACUGUUACUGGGAAGCCUUUACCUUUUGGGACUCUAGGAAUACACAAAAAAGAGAAUUUUAAAAAUGCCAGUGUAUGCCUCUUUAUCUUUGAUUGCCUCUUUUUCAACGGGGAAUCACUCAUUGACAGGUGUGGUUUCAGACCAGUGGUUUUAAGACCACUGAAACAAAGAAGAACUUAUUUACAAAACAACAUCAAAGAAAUUCCAAAUCGGAUUCUUCUUUCAAACUUCCAGUUGAUCAGAAACGGGGAGAGUGGUAAACUAAAAGAAAUGAUAUGGAAGGCUAUUGAUGAAGGUUUAGAAGGACUGGUUUUGAAAGAUGUUGAUUCAGUUUACGAGCCCGGCAAACGUCAUUGGCUGAAAGUUAAAAAGGACUAUUUGGACGAUGGAAAAAUGGCUGAUACUGCAGAUUUAAUUGUUCUAGGUGCCUAUUAUGGUAGCGGAACAAAGGGUGGCAUGAUGUCAGUUUUUUUGAUGGGAGUUUAUGACGAGUUGUCGAAAAAAUUUUUGACCGUAACAAAAUGUGGGAAUGGUUAUGACGAUGAAACUCUAGACCGAAUAAAUAUGGAACUGAACCCAAAGAUGAAGAAGAUUUCAAGAGACUAUGAUGAACUUCCAGAAUGGUUGGAGUGUUCAAAAUCGUUAGUUCCAGACUUUGUUGCUAAAGAUGUUAAAACGUCGCCAGUGUGGGAGAUUUCAGGAGCUGAAUUUUCGUGCUCCAACAAUCAUACCGCAAUGGGUAUAUCAAUUCGGUUCCCGCGUAUGACGAGAAUAAGAGAUGAUAAAACAUGGGAAACUGCAACUACUAUGGCUGAGCUCAAGAACCUUUACGACCUCUCCAAACAGAAAUCCAGUUUUGACCGCUCUGCGGAAGAUGCAAUCCCAUUGUUUUUCAAAGACAGCCUUAACAAUCCAACACGCGCAAAUUCUACAGAAAGACCCACUGACGAAAUCAAGGAGAUCAGGAAAAGAAUUUUUAGUGGUAAGGAACCGAAGGACUUGGAGAAAUCGAAAAGAAAGCGCAUUUCUGGAGAUAGUGACGAUCAUCCUACAAUUGAAACUGGAAGCGACAGUCCUAAACAAAAAAAGUAG